AUGCUUGGUUUGGUUACACCUGACUCAGCAAAGGAAAUUGAAAAGAAAACUAAAAAUCAGACGAAGACAAAGUUAUGGCAUACAGAACGAUCUUUUCGAGUGACUGCUUCAAGAGUCGGUGAGAUUUGUAAAUUUACUGCUAAAAAGGACCAAGAAAAGUAUGCACAAAGCCUUAUAUGUAAUAAGAAAAUAGUAAGCACGGCCUUAGAAUGGGGCAAGUCUAUGGAAACCACAGCAAUUGAAGCAUAUGAGGGGAAAACUGGAAAAAAAGUAGAACGCUGUGGUUUAUAUGUUUCUGUGCAGUACCCUUUCAUUGGCGCUUCUCCUGAUGGAUUAAUUGGAGAUAACAAAAUUUUAGAAGUUAAAUGUCCAUAUUCCAUAAAGGAUGAAAUGAUUGGAUCCAACAAUUAUUUCCAUUUAGAGCAUGAUUUGCAACUGAAAGAAACAAGCAACUAUUAUUACCAAAUCCAAACGCAGUUACUUGUCACAGGAAGAGAUUGUUGUGAUUUAUUUAUAUGGACUAAUGUUGAUGAUAAAAUAAUAAAUGUUAAAAAAAAAUGA